AAAACCGUCAAGAUACCAGACUACCUCUUCAGAUGAAGAUAUUCCCAGGAAAGUAGGAAAGAGUGUUACAAGAGUGUUACAACAAGAUAAGAGUGUUACCAAGACACUGGAAUCGGACAUGAGAGAUUUAAGAGUCAUUUUACAGGAAAAUUUCUCACAUGAUUACAAUAAAAACUCACAAACGCCUUUGUUACAUACAUUAGAUAACGUACAGCCAUAUACACAAACUCAGGCACAAUAUCAACCACAUACACCUACUCAAGUACCAUGUCCGACAAUAUCCACUCACAAUCAGAUACAAUGUCCAUUACAAACAUCUACUCAGACACCAUAUCAACCAGGACAAAUGUCUCAUCAAUUUCCAUCUUCACAAACAUCUAUUAAUUCUCAAUCAUACUCUACAUUACCUCAGUCAAUCACACCAGUGUCACAAAUUAUACCUGUCACAAUAUGUAACUCACCUAUUAUGUCGACUCAGAAUCAAAAUGUUACAGACAAUAUUAUUAAUACAUGCAAUAAGUUUCAGGAUAAUUUUUCUAACAUAGGCAGAGCGAUACAGACGACAACGAAUUAUAGUGCACAACGAACAGAAAGCGAAGAGGAGAAUCGCAAAAUCCAGGAACGAUUGAGCUAUAUAGAAACAGAGUUAAGGUAAGUAAUGUAUAUAUGAGAUGACCAAAAUAGUUUCAACAUCUUGUUUUAUCAUAAUGGAAUACACUUGCUUUCGUGUGUCUCUGCUAGCUGGUGAGAGUCAAUCAGGAUGCAGUAUGAUAGGUCGGUGACUUAAAGCUAAAUCCUGAUGGGUUCUCACUAGCCAGCAGAGGCUCACGCAAGCAAUCAAGUGGGCAAAGAAACGUUGUGUGCUGUUCGCUUUAAAGUACAAGAAAGAAUUUAAGUGAAUCAUAA